AUGUGCCGAAAAGUCCCUCAUAUGUACAAGCUUGUGGAUCCACAGAAUCUCGAACCUGCUCCUAGCACACCGGAGGAAUUCAUUGAUAUGAUUCGAGAUCAUCACAAGAAAAAUCCUGGGGAACGAUUUGGCAGUAAGAAACAGGGAAUAUGUACAAACUCAUGCAACAACAUCAUCAAGCCACAACAUCGAGCGCGCAUAUCCUUACGUACGGCCGGUCACCAUGCUUUUCGACUUUGUGACGAGGUCAAGCGUAGGAUGGAACUGGGCUUUGAUGAUUUCAGCUCCGAACAAUGGCAAGCCCACAAUCUGUUCAAAUCACUGGUUGAGGAUAAAUCAGACAAAGCCCUGUUGAAGAGGCUAGGAAAGACAGAUGGAAGACAAGUCUCGCAAGAUGAGAUGAAGCUGCUGAUCAAGACCUUCUCAACGAUUUUCUUCCCAACUACGCCGUCGGACGUUCAGAUGGAACUGGACUUCCAGUGGGAGGAUUGGAGAAACACGCCAGGUGAAAUCGGUUUAUACUGCACCAAUGGUACCGACAUGCCUUGGAUCAGCAUGUGUGCUUUUAACGUUGACAAGGAAGUACUGAGCUACGGUCAUCUGAAUGGCUUAGCUAUGGACCGUCUGUCCACAAUCCUUCACGAGAUUGUGCAUGCAUAUUUGGAUCGUUACGCCUGCCGUUGUAUUGGGGUGUUCGGAUCGUUUGAGGAGAGUGUUAAUCAACUAAGUGGACAUGCAUGGGCGUGGCAACGGAUAACAAGUUCUGUGGAACGCGCUGCCCCUGACCUCACUGGUCUCCCUAUCAGUCUAGAACGGUUUAGAAUUAUCCAGGGCUGUUGGGACAAAUUCAGAUAUUGGCCGACUCAACAGGAAGUUAAGGACUGGCAGUUGUAA